AUGAAGGACAAUGAGUACAAAGGCAAGGAGAUGGAGGAGGCUGGUACAGCUGGAACGGAGAGUGUGAAGAAGAAAGUAAAGUAUAAUAAGACUGAAAAGGAGGUCUCGAUUGGAAAAGGACAAAAAAGCAUCCACCUAAAGAACGGCCGAAGCAGCCGUGCCAACUCCCCACCCCUCCGCCCAAACGGUGCGUUCCCAGGCAGGAAACAGCCCGUUGGCCGGUUACCGGUUAUCCGGGGCCUCGAAAGCAAUCUAGUGCUGUUAGGCUCUAAAUCACUACGGAGCCGGGGUGCAGCGGAGAGGAGAGGAAUCCCUUGGCCAAGGGAGCCGUCCGUGGCCGCUGCCGAUCUCCGGGAAGAAGCCUCCGAAGACUACGUGGCAUUAGCAGGCGACAGCACAAGUGCCCAAGUGCUGGUGGCUGCAGGGGAGGUGGCUCAGGGUGCGGGGGGUGGGAAAGAAGUCCCUCCACUCACUCCCGACAGCGCCGGGACAGAGGCACUUUUUAAGCAGCAAAUCCAAAUACGGCUCCAAGAUCCCCGGGCUAAGCUGCCGGCCGGGCCGGGCCGGGCCGGGCUGGGCCGGGCCGGGCCGGGCGACUCUCGCCUCGCCUCGCCUCGCCUCCCCAGGCCGCCCCGUAACUCUAUCCCCUCCGCAUCCUUCCCACUCCCCGAGGGCUCCUGGUCUCGGCUCCGCUCGCCUCGCCUGUGUCCUGGCCUCGCCCUGGCUGCGCUCACCUCCUGCCCCCCGCUCCCCGCCCUCCCCGUUCGGCCCAGCCCGGCCAGCGCGCCCCGCAUGUGUGCGCCUAACAGAAACAGGCGGCCGGCCGCCGCCGCCGCUGCCGCCACCGCGGCGGCGAGAGAGAAGCAGGCUGGGCGGCGAUGUACAGCGGCAGCUGCUGCCCUGCCUUGCCCUGCUCCCCCCCCCCCCCCCGCCGGCGAGGGGCUUGGGGCGGGGGGCGCGGGCGCAAGGCGCGGGGAGCUGUCUGCUCCCUCCGCACGCGCGGCCGACGCCGCCUCAGCCCGGCACCGACCCAGCCCAGCUGCCCGGGGUGGGGGGACAUGGGGCACGGGGCACGGACACUUACUGCUUGCCACACACACAGUGGGCCAGAAACGGGGGGCUGAGGGGAAAAAGCGACACUGUCCCGCCCUCCCCCACCCGGCUGCGAGCCGUCGCGGUCGUCGUCGCCCCAGCGCCCCAGCCGGCAAGGUGCCGCUUCAAUCUCAGCGCGGAGCCGCUCGCCCGCCGCCGGACGGCCCCGCCAUGAUGGAAUGUGGCCACUGCGCAUGCGCCCCGGUGGGGGGGGGUGCGAGCGGGGAAAGCGCAGGACCCUCGAAGCUGAGGGUCAGCGGCUGGCCCCGGCCACAGACGGCCCCCAGAGGGACCGACCAGGGCGAGGCCGGGCGGCCCCGCCAGCGGGCGCUUGGGGCGGCGGACUGGGGAACCAGGGCACGGGACAUUUGCUUCCCUGCUCUGCUCGCCGGGUUGCGGGCUGGAGGCUGCCCCAAGUUGGCCCCCAAGGCCCGGGGCAGGCCUCGCCGUUCAACUUACCCAGGUGUCAUGGAAAGCCUCUGUGGUCGCCUGGCCCGGGAUUCCUGGCUGGCACUUAGAUGA